AUCUGUUCUGUCUUGGGGGAGAAGGCCUGCAGAACUUGGCGGGGGGGCUUUGUUUUGGGGAGGUGACUGAGCUCUGCCCUGGGGGGGCAAUGGAGACCCCCCUCACCCACACCCUCCCCGGCAGAAGCACCAGUGAGGAGGAGCUGAAGCCCACUCUGAGCUGUGGCUCUGUCACACCCCCUAAAUGAACACUGUGGCAUGGCAGCAUCUGGCAGGACCGAAUCCCACAGCCCUUAUUUAGGGCAAGAGGCCAGUGGAGCUCCUUCCAGGGUGCAGGCUGAGAAACGUGGGCCGGCCUGCCUUAAAAAGGGGGCUUCUGCUUCGAGGUAGCCCCAGAAAGGCAACUCCUUCACCGCUUGAGAUCCUCAGGCGGUGCUUAGCUCAGCUCAGAACCUUUCCCCCAUUUAGGAAGGAGAUGCAGUAAAUUGUGACGUCGUGUGCAUGGCAGUCGCGUUGCUGGAAGGCUUGUGAAGUGCUCUGGAUUCAGCGCUGUGAUUUCAUAGGAAGUUUAACCCUUACGCUGCUCCAGGGUGGCUUUUCUAGGGGAAAACUGCUUUUGGUGUAGAGCAUUGCAGAGAGUUUCUGGGCUUGCCGCCCCUCAAACAGUCUCAGCGCUUCCUCAGCUUUGAAUUUAUUGGUUUGUGCCGUGGGGCUGUGUGUGAGAAAGGGUUUGUCAGAGCGAAGCAGGAGGCAGACGCAUGGAUCAGGUCGAGGUGCAUUCCUGGGGUGACGGGCGUGCCUCUCGCGGCACGGGGGAGAGAGAGAUUGCAGUUGCGCCCGGGCGAGAGCAAUUUGGGAUUGAGCUUGUUGGGUAGGGAUGGAUGUGCUGAGCAGCAGGGCUGGAAGAAUGGCCUUCAGCUCUGUCCUCUUCUCACUGCUGUGUAAGCAAAACGGCGAACACUGCAGUGUUGAAACCCUGUGUAAAGCCACUCUGCUCGAGUCUGAAUGAAACGCUUUGGCCAUCUCGCCCCAAACUAGUGACCACCACUAGUUUUGUUGCCUGGAGAGAUAACUGGGAAGGAAGUGCUACUUUGGGUAGAGUUUGGAUGGGUCAAACCCUAGCUUGCAAUCAGUUACUGAAGACUGAUCUUGAAUUUGUGACUGCCUUUCAGGUCGUAAAGAGUUCGUCAGCCUUGCGGCAGCUUUGAUGUAUGUCGUAAUGCCUGACCACGCCGACGUCUGCCUCCCGCCGGAGGAGCGAGUCCGAAGGCUGAUCCAGGUGGGAAGCGCAGUGGAAGUGAAUGAGGACGUCCCACCACGACGCUACUACCGCUCCGGAGUGGAAAUCCUCCGCAUGGCCACCAUUUACUCAGAGGAAGGCAAUAUUGAGCAUGCCUUUAUUUUGUACAACAAAUAUAUCACGCUCUUCAUUGAGAAGCUGCCGCAGCACCGUGAUUACAAAACUGCUGUCAUACCUGAAAAGAGGGAGACAAUGAAAAAACUGAAAGAAGUAGCCUUCCCCAGAGCUGAAGAGCUCAAGGAGGAGCUAUUAAAGAGGUACGCCAAGGACUAUGCUAAGUACGAGGAGCAGAAGAAGGAGGAAGAGGAGUUUGCACGCAAUUUGGCUUUGCAGCAACAGCAGCUGGAAAAGGAGCGAAAUCGGGUAGCUCUGAUGAAGCAGCAGCAGGCAGAGCAAGAGCAGUUUCACGCCUUUGAGGAGAUGAUUCGACGACAGGAGCUGGAGAAGGAACGUCUACGGAUAGUGCAGGAAUUUGGAAAGCCAGAGCCAAGUCCUGAGUCUCUGGACGGACCCCUCAUCCCUGGCGUGGAAAAGCCCCCAACUGAUUUAACCCUGAAGGUUCCCGUCUCUCCAGUUCACCCUGCAAGUCCGUCAGUGGGGACUGUCUCAUCCAAACCUCCUGUUGUGGACAGAUCUUUGAAACCCAGUGCUUUGGGGAGCGCGGAAAACAAUACAAGUAUGGAUGUCCUUCGCCAGGUCAUCGUCCCUAGGGAGCUCUGCCAGAAAUUCCUCCAGCUGGCUGACGCCAACACGAUUCGGGGUGUGGAGACGUGUGGGAUCCUCUGUGGUAAGCUGAUGAGGAAUGAGUUCACGAUAACCCAUGUCAUCGUUCCCAAGCAGUAUGGAGGCCCCGAUUAUUGCAACACGGAGAAUGAAGAGGAGCUCUUCGUGAUCCAGGAUCAGCACGGCCUUGUUACGUUAGGCUGGAUUCAUACUCACCCCACGCAGACAGCCUUUCUCUCCAGCGUCGACCUGCACACGCACUGCUCCUACCAGAUGAUGUUGCCGGAGUCCAUUGCUAUCGUGUGUUCUCCGAAAUACCAGGAGACGGGGUUUUUCAAGCUGACAGAGCAUGGCCUGGAGGAGAUAUCUUCCUGCCGUCAGAAAGGAUUCCACCCGCACUCCAAAGACCCCCCUCUCUUCACUACCUGUAACCACGUGUCAGUAGUUGAGAGAGAUGUGGUCCUGAUGGAUCUCCGAUAAGCCUCUUGCCUUAACCAUUUACAGAAAACCAUCUACCUUCUUUCUAGGCCUAGGGAUUUUUUGUUUUCCUCCUGUAGCAAAUGAUUUCUACCGUGUAGCGAUCCUUCCCCUUCCUCCCCCAGUAAUCGCAGUGAAAUCGGUGCCCUGACCUCAGUGGGAGCACGUGAAACCUCUGUGCCUGGCGUUGGGCUGGCGAAGUGGCGCUGAGGUUCAAGGUGUGGGGAAAAGCUAACUGGAAAUUCAAAGACAGAAGCUAACACUGAAGCAAUUAUUUAAUACUCUAAUCUAUGGCUUGAACAGCUUCUUGGGGGGGGUUACCCGUGAUUUGCUGCAAACAUGAGGUAUGGAAACCUCUUCAAGUGCUUUCCAAAGUGGGACUUGCCCAAAUUAGCCCGUGUUUUGUUUCGCCCCUCCCUCUGGGUUGCAGUGGUUUCAGUGCAGCUGGCUGGAGUAGCUAAGUCUUCGCUAUAGUUUAAGAUUUAAACCUUCCUAACCCCUCUCACCUCGUGCAAGAGCUUAUCGCUGCUGAGCUGGAGUGAGUCCUGCUUGCAGGCACUCAGGUCUUUGCCCGGUGGGGUAAGGAGGGGCCCAACCUCCUUUGGGACCCCUUAUUUCAGUGUUUCAGGGGAGAAGGUGCCUGGGAGCGGCACUGCUUUGCACAAGCUGCCUCAUUCCAGCAGGGGUGUCUGGUUACGUUAUUCCUUUUCCUGGAUGCGGGAUUUGCUCCGGCCCUUGGGCCGCCUGGCGAGGGCUUGGGUUUGGCUUGGUGGCGGUGUCACCAUGGAGGAGGCCUUUGGUCCCUCGGCUGCAGUGCUGUCGUGUGAAGGCUCUGCAAGGCCAUCGCCUCUCCAAGAUGGGACUCCAGCAGCUUCUGCCGCUUUGAUCCUCAAAGAUCGCUGUCCCCGAUUGCCUCUGCACUUCUCAAAGCAGUAUGAAGUCUGUCCUCACUAAAAACAAGCGCCAUGACGUCACCGUUACGCGGUACAUCAGCCAGAGCCCCUCUCCUCCCGGUGACUCUCGUUGGAUGCCGAGCGGCGCUUUUCCUUUUUGGUGCGAUCCAGGCUCAGCCUCCGCCCUCAUGGCUGCCAGCGUUGGAAGGCAGCUGGCCUCAGCGGGCUGAGUGGGAUCCCGUGUCUCCACAUCUGCGGGCAGGAUGCUCUGAUGAUCAGCACCUGGCCGUGCGGGGAGGGGAAGGCGGCUGGAGUUGCCUUCCCACCUGGCAUGCAUACAUACGUGUUCUGCAUGCCGCGUCCUUGCACUUCUGCAUACGCAGUUCUUUGGUGUACAGUUUAACACAGAUGGAUUGUAUUAGUUUA